CGAUGUGAUUGGUUGAUAGUGGUUGACUACUAUUAAGCCUUCGCGCCUCUGUCAUGGCUGUACAAUUUCCCUUGUUUAGAUGAAAAAAUUACCCAGAGCAAUGGCCUCUUUGUGACUGUGCAACUUUAAUUUUUAUGGAAGAAAACGAUCCAAGGAAUUUUCGCGUUGUAGAAGAAGCGGAAGAUGAAAUAUAUGACAAGAUAAAAGAGUUAAAAAUUUGCUUAGCUGAUGCUAUUGAGGAUGAAGACCGAAUCGCCGAGGCUGAUGCAUUAAGUUUUCUGGGACUUGCGUUUUAUAAACUCGGUGAUUACACUACCGCAAAAGAAUACCACGAGAAACAUCUCCUAUUAUCACAAGAAUUGAAGGAUGAUAAAGGCGAAAGAAGAGCUCAUUGUAAUUUAGGAUGUCUGUAUAAAAUAACAGGUGAUUUAACCACAGCUAGAGGGCAUUUUACAGCUGCACUGAACAUUGCGAAAGAAAGAGGAGAUAAACGGCCGCUGGCGAAGAUAUAUAACAAUCUUGGGAAUAUUUACGAGUUGGAAAUGAACUACGAAGAAGCGCUUAGUUGUAACAAAGAAAGACUUGCGGUUGCUAAGGAGCUGAGGGACCAGCAUGGCAUGGGAAAGGCUCUUGCAAAUCUUGGCAACUUGUGUCAUGUUUUAGGUCAUCUCAGAGAAAGCAUUGCAUUUUACGAGGAAAUGCUGGACAUUCUAAGGGCUAAGCUAAGUAUGUUCUCAUUGUAGAUGUAUAAAACUAAUUGCCAUUUGUGAAUCAGGUGAGGACGCUACUCUCGUAGUGCUCAAACUGAUAAGUAUCCGGCUUGAAUGGGAUUGAAAUCACUGACGCACAUACGAUAUCGAUUAUUCAGUGAACUCAGUAUAAAUGAAGCGCAGGUUAACUGUCAGUUUACUCUGACACUUCUGAUCACCCCAUAAUCGCUGAGUCGGCUUGAUUAAAUUGGGUCGUUAGUAGUAAGAUCAUUCAAGCCUCUGUUAACUGUUUUUGGUAUCCCUGCGUGCAUCUUAAUAACAGUAUUGUCCCAUGUAAGUUGUGAGUUGUGAACAAUAUUGACAUGAAAGAGGGAAUACAGACAUAUAGAGUUAAAUUAAGGUACACUGGCUUCAUUGAGUAAAAAUAACAAGGAGAAUUCGCUCCCCCCCCCCCGCCUUCACCUUUCACCGGAAAUUUUUGCUUGUGGACUCCAGAACCCUGGGAUUUGAAAUCUGGAAUUCCGCUCAAGGAAUUCGGAACCCCAUUAAAGAUGAAAAUCUGGAAUCCUGGGAUUUGGAAUCUGGAAUACAACUCAAGGAUUUCGGAACCCCAUUGAAAAUCCGGAAUCCAAGUUCCACUGACAAAGAAUCCGGAAUCCACGGCGUGGAGUCCAUAAUCCAAGACUGUCUUGGAUUUCCAUACAAGAAGCGAGAGAAAGCCUGUCAUGAGAAAUGUAGGUAGUCACGUGCACCUAACUCACUUUUCUUCAUUUCAACCAGGAAUACUCGAUACUUUGGCGGAAGAGGAAUCCAAUUCAGAGGACGAGGAUGAUCUAGUUGAUAUCGAUUUGGUCGCACUAGAAGCUGCAGCGUAAGUUGUGAUUAGUUUUAAAACUCAUUCAAAGAUUUAAUAAGAUUACUGUACUAAAGCGUGUCACCGGACAUAUCAUGUGAUCUUGGGAGAGCCAGAUAGUGAAAUCUAUAACUAGCGGACACCCUCGAGGGGUUCCCUGGUGUCGCUUAACUGAGGUGCUCUCUGUACUCAGAUUGGUUUUACUAACAAUGGGGAGAAAAUUGAAGACUCGGUGACAGUCAGUUUACGAUGAAAACGUUGUAACAGCUUUGUGUCAUGUUUCGAUUCAAUUAAUUCCAUUCUCUCUGUUAAAGCAAGUUCAUUUGUAUCUUGAUCGCCCCACUGCUCACAAAUCCGUUUGAAACAUUUGAUAAACUUACACUAUUUGAACGUUUUGAUAAUGGUACUCCUAACAUGGUGGACAUGAAAACUCAUGACGUAAUUCCAUCUAACAUGACGUCACCACAUCGUGAAAACAAUAACUAUCAUGGCUAUAACCCUCUCCCCUUGUCAGUUCUUCAUAACGUCCAUAGCGGCCCCCCUCCAAUCCUAGAAAAGGGGAAUUCAAAUGUGCCCCAUUUGAAUAAGGUGAAGGUGAGGGGGGGUCACCGCACUACUUUUAAAAAGCAUGAUAUUCCAUUUUCUAGCGAGGUCAAACAGAAGAUGGAAGACGAGAGACUAGCAGAGGAACAAGCACAGGCAGGCGUUAAAAAGAAACGAAAAUUUAAAAACCCUUUCAAGAAAAGACCAAAAACAAGAGAGGAAAAGAUCGAAGCCUGGUUAGAAAACUAGCUUCUCAAAAAGCGGAUUCACGAAACUUUUCCAUCAAAUUAUUGUCAUAAAUUAGGCCUUUGUGGGAAAAAGAUGAACAUAAUUAAUGCUAAUUAUGUGUAAAAACUAAAUUAUACAAUUAUGAUCAUAAAAGGCGCAUCACAAUGUUGUGCAACGUAAAGAUUACUCAGUUCUGUGCUCGAAAGUUGUCAUGUCAUAGGAUUUAAA